CCCCCCUCCGCCCCCUCCCCCUUCCACGGUUGGUUGAUCUAUUGCAAUGGUCGCCAUACCCACCCUCUCUCUCCUAUUGGCCCUGGCGGAGUGGGCAGGACCGGUCACYCCCUCCCCACACCUCUUGCUCCGSCCCCGGGAGCGGGAGAGAGACCCGGGGACUAUAAUGAACUUCAACAUCGCUGUGAUCCACGCGGGGGCCAGCGUGCAGGUAGAGGCGGCGGCCGGGCCCGGGGGAAGGGUGCUCUACCCUGGGUUUGGCCGGGCACACAGCUCCCUGGGGGAGAGCGUGAUCACCCAGUGGGGCUCUGCUAACGUCAUCUGGCURCAGGUGAAUGACAGUAGUCCUAAGACUCUGCUGUCCCAGCUGUGUGACCUGCUGGCAGCGAGGCCCCUACAGGGCCUGGUCUAUGAGGAGGAGAGGCCACCACCCACCGCCUGGGGACCCCUGGCCCCCAUGUUAGAGUUUGUCUCUGCCCAGACUGGACUACCCAUUGUGGCUGUAGGCGGAGGAGCAGGGCUGGGGAGGAUGCAACAG